UUCAAGAAGUCUCCGUCAGUGAAUGCGAAACUAUUAGACAACUGUUUUAUAAAAUUAUAAGUUCCGUAUUCCUAAAUGGAAAUCUCGGAUUUUCUAAAUACAAUUUUGCAAAUUUCUUCCGCUAGCAGUUUUACAUCGAAAUAAAAAUUAAUAUAAUAUUUCCGGUAAAAUGUACUUUAAAAUCUCCCUGCUCCUACUUCUUCUGUCUAUAUCAUCGUCGAAAUCCAAGAUGGAAGCUUUCAUAGUGGGUGGGAAAGAAGUGGACAUAGGAGCUUGGCCUUUUAUUGCGUUUAUUGAAUCGUCACACAUAAAGUUUCAUAUGGUGGCCGCGUGUGGCGGGUCUCUUCUUAGUUCGCAGACCGUGUUGACGGCGGCACACUGCUUGGAUGACGUUACGGAUAGUAAGACCGAUAUGAGCUCAUUCCGCUUCAGAAUCUACAUGGGCCACUCGUCCUACCACAGAUCAAAUAUGAUACGCCUGAUGAGACAGUAUGAGACUCCAUCAGAAUAUGACCCUCAUGACGAAGAUGUUAAGGGAGACAUUGGCAUAAUAUUCCUUGCCUCCCCUGUCAAGUUCUCGCCUUCUGUGAAGAAGGUUAUACUGUUUGACCAGAGGUUUAGUUACAACAGGGAUAGGAUUUUGUUAGUGGCUGGGUGGGGAAAGACUGGGCCCAACAUGAUAAGUCCAACCAGUCCCCACCUCAAGAACAUCAGGAUCCAUUCUAUAUCACCCGAGGAGUGCAAGAAGGAAAUACCAUUUAUUGACGUCAGUCUGGUCGUGUGCACUGCAGCCGCUAAUGAAUAUGCUUACAGUGGGGACUCCGGCGGGCCGAUGGUGAAGCGCGGAAGUCGGUACCAACUCGGGGUGGUCUCGUUCCGUCACGAGGACACCGGAAUAACCGUCUUCACCAGCGUACCGGAAUAUUACGACUGGAUUCAAACGACGCAGCUCUACCUUUUCACGAAGAAUUGCAAAUAAACAAAUUACUUGAUUAUAA